CCAUUUUCAUCGACAGGGGUUUGUUGUCAAAUAUUUUAACAAAAAUAAAGAAUCUCAUUGAGGAUACGUAGGUAUUUAUUUAGUAAAAUUUAUAAAUUAAUCUUCAGUAGGACUUGUAACUUUGAGAUUCUAUUUUUAUUUUACGUGAAGUGUAUUCCAAAGAUAGUAUUUUUGUGCGUCGGUUCACGGUCAGAAAUCCCGAACAAGAAAAGGAGGUCUAGGCCUGGGCGAAGAAAAGAAUUUAUUGUUCGUGUGAUGUCAUGACUAUGCGCCCCCACUGUGCACCCGGCAGUCCGUGCAUCAUGACAUAGCGCCAUGUCGACGAUGCUGAGCGCGCUGGACGGCGCGCUGCCCGACGAGCGGCCGCUGCUCUCGCUGCAGAUCGUGGAGAGCGUCACCAAGUGUCCCGCAGGAUACUGGCCCGUGAGCCGUACCUACGAUGAGGACGCUGACGCAGGACUCAUGCGCCAGAAUGGACUGUUCACCAAGAAACCUAGUCAUUACAUCUGCUUAUCUAAGACUGAAGGCGUGCCCGGCUACGUAAUGGACGGCGUAUUGAUAGUGGGCGAGCGCGAGGCGGCGCCCGCGGGCUACAGCGUGGCGGGACGCGCGGGCAAGCGGCGGCUGUGCACGCGGGUGUCGCGCGCGGCGGUCGUGUGCUCCACGCCGCCCGUCACCGACGUCAUCGUGUGCUCCAAGCUGAGGGCCGCGCCGCAAGGCUUCGUGUUGGCCGGCGAAAUAAAUGGAAAAAUGGUGUGUUACAAAGUGAGCGGCGGCAGUGCGGAGGCGUCCCCCACGCACAAGCACAACGAAUACGAGAACAUCGUCACAAACAUCACCCCGGAGGCCAACAGGAGAUUACGGCCAGUCCCGGAGCGCCCGCCGAAACUGUCGCCGAUAGUCGCGGAACUGAACAAUCUCAACUUGAAGUCCUCCGUGUACCCGACCGUAGAUGAAUUCACCACAGAACACGACUACGAAGCGCUCAGCCCUUCAUACAACGUGAAGCCGUCGCGGCCCGCGCCGGUGCCCCCCGCGGGCCCCGCGGCGCCCCCCGCGGGCCCCGGCCGCGCCCCCGCGGGCCCCGUCCGGUCCCCGCAGCGCAAGAAGGGUCCGGCCCCGCUGCCUAUGAAUAAUUAUAAAACGUUGGGAAUGAUGAAUGGAAUGGAGGGAGUGCCAUUUGUGUUGAAUCCGAAGUUGAGAGGGCUGCCUGAUGAUGCUUUGACACAACUGCCAGUAAUCAAACGAAGAUCGCGCUUCGAACUGGACCGAGACUAUUCAUACAACUUCGCCGUGGAGCGGCAGACGUGAGACGCGGAAGACGACGCUAUUGCCUCGGCCGUAAGGUCGAUAUCCGCGUGGAUCGACCGCGGACAUCGGGCGCGCUACCUGUUGAUAUACGAUGACACUUGGUCAUUUGUCACUUAAGUUUUUGACUUGAAAAAGUGAUUAUAUUUUAUUUGAAAGUGAUUCAAAAUGGCUGCUAUAGAUUGACGCUGAUUUCUAUAAAACUAUUUUUUCAAAGUCCCAAACUUUGAUCACCUGUCAAAUUUUCUUAUUAAUCUGUAUUUGUAUACAUAACUUACUUAUGUAGCAUUGUUCCUACAUGACAAAAUUACGUUCAUUGAUAAAUGAGCUUUAUAGCUUCCCCUUUAGACACACUUUACGUUAACACAAGUGUUGUGGUGAGUGCAACGUCAUUUGAAUUAACUAUGUUUGCAGUGUGCGAGCGAGAGACAAAUAGAUGAUCCGCCAUUUUGAAACCAUAGAGUAUACGAUGAAUACAACGCUACCCAGUUUGGGUAGCGUUGUAAAGUGCGAAAGAUACACUUGGGUAUUCUUCGCUACUUUCGAUUUUAACUUUAAAAUACUAAUAACAUUAAACUUUAGCCAUACGCCAUUGCCUGUUACCCACACCGGAUUGACAAUUUUUGAAUAUUUGACCGAAUAGAAAGCAGAAGGAAUAUUACUAGUUUAGGUGUCAUAACAUGGCUACACAAGAUUGGGUUUUAUGAGUGUUGCCAGUGAUAGUGAUCUUAGAUUUACAUGUAAAUAUUCCCGCCAUAAUAUGGUCACAAUCAAAACGAAUUGACAUAAGAUUAAUAAUUAUUAUUAUCUGUGAAUGAAAUGUCAAUAAAUAUAAACAAUUAAAUGACUAAUUAUUUGAUGUAGGUUUUGGAAUUUGCCUGCCAAAUUUUUUAGUUUGACAGAAAAACUGAUAGUUUAAUUUUUCAUUUAUAGACCUGUUCAUUGGUUGUGUAUGAAUUGAGACUAAAGUUUACCAAUUGGGCCCUGACAUUGUGCCAAAUGGGACGUUUUUUACGACUUUUUCUGCGUUUGUACGCGUUAUUUAUUGAAAUAUAUGAAAUGCUUCUGUUUUUUUUUAUAAUGUAUUCUUAUUUGGAACUAAUGCAUGUCUAUGAAAUUAUGAAUUAUUAUGUAAAUUGAUUACUAAUUAUUGAUAGUUGUUAAUUGUGGACAUAUCCAUUUGUUUAGUGAGUGUUAGGCCCAGUGUUGACAGGAACAAGGAAUUUUUCAUUUGUACAAAAAAUCUAUUAUUGUAUUUAGCACAAACAUACUCUUAUUUGAAUGCACAAUUUUUUCGUUUUUUCUAGUUUUUAUUUUCUUAAACGAAAGACCAUUUACCAGGACGACCUCGGUGGCGCAGUGGUAAAGUGCUUGCCUCUGAACAGAGAGGUCCCGGGUUCGAUCCCCGAUCGGGUCAUGUUGGAAAAUGAUCUUUUUCUGAUUGGCCCGGGUCUUGGAUGUUUAUUUAUAUAUGUAUUUGUUAUAAAAUAUAGUAUCGUUGAGCUAGUUUCUCAUAACACAAGUCUUGAACUUACUUUGGGGCUAACUCAAUCUGUGUGAUUUGUCCGUAUAUAUUUGACAGUUCACUAGCUGCGCCCCGGGGCUCCGCUUCCGCGACAGAGAUACUUUGUUUUAUAACAUGUAAAGGUAAGGAUAUAUCAGCCAUUGUUCUCCGUCCUUCAAUUUGAUCUGUCAACACUGCGCGUGUAGGAGAUGUUGAGGCCUUCGCGCCGCGGCGCCAGACUGAUGUUCGAAUUAUUAUCACGUUAUUGUCCAUUCUUCUUCUCGAUUCAGCGAAUCAUAUUAUUGAAGACCAAUAAGACGCCACCAACUCAGCAUCGUACAGAUUCUUCAGCAUGCAAGUGGUAGGACACAUGUUAUAUCGUUGUCCAUUUGUGCGUAUUCAUUAAUUUGCAGUCGUUAAAACGGGUAUCUUGAUCGUUACGCUAUUUUUUUUUUAAUAUACAACAGAUUAUUACAUCAAAACUGAUCAACAAUCCCACAUUACCGUUGUCAAGUUUCAAUAGGAUACUUGUAGACGAAACGAUCGAGAUUCGAUUGCAAUCCAGCUAAAGUUAGCCCGUUUGCAGUUCCACGUUUCAUGUUGAUUAUUAGUGAUAAACGAUUUCUCGUUGAUAAUAUCUCUUUGUAGGACCACGUGGGUGUUGUGAAAUAGACUGUUAACAAUCUGCUAGUUUUGUUAAAUGCGUAGUUCAGGGGGGCUACCGUGAAACAAAACACGUGGCACGUCAUUGCGUUCACACUUUUACAUAAUAUGGGAAAAAGAGACAACAUGUGGAUGUUAGUAACGUGCUAUGUUUCGUGGUAGGUCUUCAGUUUUUAUCAAUCGAUAAGAAACUUUUAAUACUCCAACCGCACACUACAAAAUGUAAUAUUGUAAAUUAUUUUAAUUCUUAUACGUUAUUUUAUAGAUAAUGUUAGUACUUCUUGUUUUUAUACUAGCUUAAUACGUUUAUCUUGCAAUAGAUUAAAUAGAGUAUUUAAUUUAUUUGCAAAAGCUGCCAAACGCUUAACAAAUCUAUUUUCGUGUUUGUGUAUUGUUAUUGAAAGAACGAGACAAAACAUAUUUCGACUAAUGACGCCAUGGUUAAAUUCUUUGUCCAAUAAUAUUAUUGCUGUCUCUUUCAUGUAAAGUAACAUUAAGAAAGAGAUACCAAUAAUAUUGGUAAUGUAUCUGAUUAGAUGGCGCCCUGAUAUAAGCGUUUAACUUUCAUGCAUAAAACAAAUUGAUAUAAAUUAUAUAAAUUAGAUUGUGUUCUAUAUUGUGCCAACUUGCGUAUAGCGUUGGUUACCAGGCCUCGCGCCAGCCAAGUCCACUAGUCAGUUAAAUCAGAUUACGAUUAACGAUUCUUAUCGACUUUACAUCGAUUACAAUAGCUCAAACCGAGUAUACUAUUGUAGUGUUGAUACGUAAUGAAAUAUUUAGUUCUGUUUCGGGUGACUGUUCUUUCUUUUCGAGUGAGUUGUUACUAACACUGAUCUGAGUUAGCAUUUCAGAAGUGAGACGCAACGAACCAAUGAGAUUGCAGUGUGGUUGUCGUUGCGUCACAAUGGUGCAAUGUGAUUGGUUCGAUGUGUCUCAUUUCGAAUCGAUUCGAUGGUAAGAAGUGAAAUGCUAACCCGCAUCCACAGAUGAUCAGUGUGGUUAUAUUCAAGGUCUGUUAUGUUGUGAAGUAUCUAUGUCUACUGAAGUAUUCUGCGGUAAACACUAGUUUGUUUUACAACAAAAAUCUUUUCGUCUAAAAUUGUAGCGAACCGUUUAGAAAAACACUUUCCGUGUUUGUCAAGAUCUAGACAGACUAUGUAAGAUAGUAGCAACUUUUUAAAAUUUAUUACGUUUAUGAUUUUAAAUGUAUCUUUUUUAAAUAGAUUGCCAUCGACAAUGCAGGAUGCUUUGGUUUGACCAUAGAUUUAUAAAUGUAGACGGAGAAAACUAUUAACAACGUCAUAUCUUUCGUAUUCAAGAGGAAUGAGUAUUAGAAUACUGAAUAUACACGAAAAGGGAUGGAGCGCUAGAUAACUGUCUCUCAUAAUGUUCCCGAGAUCGUAUACAAGUUUCCUGUCUCAUUCGUUGUGUUUAGUUUUCACUGUCGUCUUUGUUUAUAAUAUAUGCACUGAGUAGGAAAUCUAUGGGUUUGAUGUUAUAUUUAAGGUAGCGGUAAUCUCCUAUCAUGAUAUUAUACUUUCGUCAAUUUCUGUACAUAUCUAGUUUAAUUUUAACAUUGAUCAGAUUCCAGGGAUGCGGGGUUUGCUUACAAAUAUUUAGUUGUGAUUAUUGACGAUGUCACGUUUUAGUUCAAAUUAUGUACGUUAAUACCUGACAUACGAGGCCGUCCAAAUCAAAAGGGACCUUAUGGCGCCCGGCACUGACGCCAUAUUGCCGUUGUUUUGUAUUGUAACAAAUAAACUAAGUGCCAGCCGCCAUAAGGUCCUUCAAAUUCAAAUUCAAAUUCAAUCCUUUUUGAUUUGGACAGCCACAUAUAAGCAUCUUAGUGCGUAGAUAUCAUAAAUUAUUUUAUUAGUGAAAAAUAGUAGAUUUAGAAUGGGAAUUGGAGAAGAAAGUGUAGGAAAGCGGAGACUAGGCAACGCUUAAAGGCUGCGGAAGAAACGAGUCAAAUGAGAGAAUAUAUAGAUUUUAAAUUCUGUGACAAAACCUACACUUCUGUCGUAGUAAUAGACUUGUUGAGAGAGAACUGUUAAAUUCAUCCCAGAUUGUAUAAAAUAUGUAAAAUUUCGUCUUAAAAUAUCUAAUUAACAUUGUAAAUACAUUUGUAUAAUGCAAUUAGAUGGUUAGAAUGCUUUUUUUACGUAUUAGAGAUGUAUUUCACUGAAGUUUUGUUUAGAGUCAUUAUUAAAAUAAAUAUUAAAUUAUUGACUGAUUCA